AUGGCCAAAAAAGAGCUCAAUGUGAAGUUUAGGGACACCACUCUGAAACAUAACUUCUACCCCAAAUACCUGGGAGUUACUCUUGACAGAAGCCUGAACUUCAAACAGCAUCUUGGGAAAGUGUCUGCAAAGCUGAAAACCCGCAACAGCAUCAUCCAAAAGCUAACCGGAACUACCUGGGGUGCAAAUGCAGCUACACUCCGGACCUCGGCACUGUCGCUGGUAUUUUCGACAGCCGAAUACAGCUCUGCCGUCUGGCUGAACAGCGCUCACACUUCCCUGGUUGACGCCCAACUCCAUCACACGAUGCGCCUCAUCUCUGGAUGCCUCAAGCCCACACCGAUCUAUUGGCUACCAGUCCUAUCCCACAUACUGCCACCUCAUAUGCGGAGAGAAAGAUGCCUUGGCCUUGAAAUACAAAAGAUCCGGGCAUCCACAAACUUACCCAUCCAUGAAGACCUUCAUGAUUUUAAAAAGACACGACUUAAGUCUCGCCAUCCCCCAGUGCUGAGAUUCCAUGAUCCAGCCCCAAUGUGUAACCUACGGGACUCUUGGGAAUCUGAAUGGGAAUCAAGAUCUCUCCCUGGCGACGUUUCCAAGCUUAAUACCAAGACACGACCUGCUGGCUUUGAGGAACCCCGUCGCGUCUGGUGCAUGCUGAAUCGAAUAAGGACGGGAGUUGGAAACUGUGCUUAUUUAUGGCACAAAUGGAACUGGUGCGAAUCACCGGUAUGUCCGUGUGGAGCAGCCGAGCAGACCGUACACCACACGGUAUUUGACUGUCCUCUAACCAAAUACCAAGGGCAAGUUGAAGAUCUGACCACCUUAACAAUAGAAGCGGUACAGUACUUAAAAACUGUAAAUCUCUGA